GGGAGGUAAGGCAAACUCUAGACGAGCACAAUAUUUGAGUUUUGCCAUCGUUCCUGCAGAACCACGUACCAUUACUCAGACUUAAAGGCGUAGUUACGAACACCUAGCCUUAAUUCUUCUAGCGUCAGAAAAAUGUCCGAACAAGCUCAAACAAACAAAUCUGAAACUUCCAACAAACCAAAGCCAUGCUGUGUGUGCCUUGAUGAGAAGAAGGCCCGUGAUGAGUGUCUUUUAUUUAGCGGUGAAGAAGAUGGAAAAUGUCAAGAGUUCAUUGACAAGUACAAAAUUUGCAUGAAAGGCUUCGGCUUCAAGACCAACUAAAACAAAUCAUUUUGCCUGAGAGCCUCUGUGUGGCAAGAGACCGAAGCCAACUGCACGUACUUGUAGAUAUCAUACUCAAAGAAUCUAGGAACAGAGGCUAAUUCGGAAUGUAUCAUGUAAAUAGAGAUAAAAAUGAAUUUUGUUUAAACAUUAUGAUAUAGACAUAUAUUUUUGCCUUGCCCGAUCCCC